UCAGUCUUGCACAGGUGUUCCGGCUCCUCCCCUUCAGUCUUGCACAGGUGUAGCGGCUCCUCCCCUUCAGUCUUGCACAGGUGUACCUGCUCCUCCCCUUCAGUCUUGCACCGGUGUACCGGAUCCUCCCCUUCAGUCUUGCACAGGUGUACCGGCUCCUCCUCUUCAGUCUUGCGCAGGUGUACCGGCUCCUCCCCUUCAGUCUUGCGCAGAUGUACCGGCUCCUCCCCUUCAGUCUUGCACAGUUGUACCGGCUCCUCCCCUUCAGUCUUGCACAGGUGUACCGGCUCCUCCCCUUCAGUCUUGCACAGGUGUACCGGCUCCUCCCCUUCAGUCUUGCACAGGUGUACCGGCUCCUCCCCUUCAGUCUUGCACAGGUGUACCUGCUCCUCCCCUUCAGUCUUGCACAGGUGU